AUGGUAAAUACACCUGUUUAUGCAGAGGCAGAAGAAGUCAUGGAUCUCGUUCGUGAUCCAUCCAAACAACCUGGUAAAGAUUACGUUAUUGUAGAUGUCCGUGGGGAAGAUUAUAAAGGUGGCCAUAUCCCUGGAUCCAUCAAUAUUCCUGCAAGCGAAAUGUACGAUAAAGCCAACGAUCUCAUCAGAAAGUAUUCCCAAGUGCCUAAAAUAUACUUUCAUUGCGCCCUUUCACAAGUGAGAGGCCCCAAAUCAGCCCGAAUCUAUGCAGAAACAUUAAACAACUUGGGAACAGAAACAGAGCAAAAAGUCAAGAUCCUAAGAUUCGGAUUUGAAGGAUGGCACGAUAAAUAUAGCAAAGAAAAGGAUUUAAUUGAGGAUUAUGACCAAGCAAUCUGGGCAUCUGAAUAUAGAUCUUGA